AUGGAUUCUGCGGUGGUUACCGGCGUUGGCAUCGGUGUUGGACUAUCCACUCCUUGCCGUCUCACAUGUUUCUCCAAAAAACCUAACCGCCUCCAUUCAUCCGUCUUCUCCGCCACCAGCAAAUGGGCGGAGCGACUCAUUUCCGAUUUCCAAUUCCUCGGCGACACAUCUUCAUCAUCUUCCUCCUCCGCCACCGCCGUUAGUCUCACUUCUUUCACACCUCAACUCGAAUCUCCUCCCAUUGAACGCCACGUGUCACUCCCUCUCGACCUGUACAAAAUUCUCGGCGCCGAAACACAUUUCCUCGGUGAUGGCAUUCGUAGGGCUUACGAAGCGAAAUUCUCGAAGCCUCCUCAGUAUGCUUUUAGCAACGAAGCUUUGGUUAGCCGUCGCCAAAUUCUUCAAGCCGCUUGCGAAACCCUAGCUGAUCCUGCUUCCAGACGAGAGUACAAUCAAAGCCUCGUUGACGAUGACGAGGAUUCUUCCAUUCUCACUGAAAUCCCUUUUGACAAAGUUCCUGGAGCUCUUUGUGUAUUGCAGGAAGCGGGAGAGAUGGAAUUGGUGCUUAGGAUUGGUGGGGGUUUACUAAGAGAGAGAUUGCCGAAGACGUUUAAGCAAGAUGUUGUGUUGGCUAUGGCACUUGCUUAUGUUGACAUUUCAAGGGAUGCUAUGGCUUUGUCCCCAUCAGAUUUCAUUGUCGCUUGUGAGAUGCUUGAGAGGGCAUUGAAGCUUUUGCAGGAAGAAGGGGCAAGCAGCCUAGCACCCGAUUUACAAACACAAAUUGACGAGACACUUGAAGAGAUAACCCCACGCUGUGUAUUAGAACUUUUAGCCUUGCCUCUUGAUGAUGAGCAUCGAGCACGGAGAGAGGAAGGUCUCCAAGGUGUCCGAAACAUUCUAUGGGCAGUUGGAGGUGGAGGAGCAGCAGCAAUUGCUGGGAGUUUCACACGUGAAGAUUUCAUGAACGAGGCAUUCCUGCAUAUGAAAGCAGCCGAACAGGUCGAACUUUUUGUAGCAACACCUAGUAAUAUUCCAGCUGAAAGUUUUGAGGCGUAUGGGGUGGCACUUGCAUUGGUUGCACAAGCCUUUGUAGGUAAAAAGCCACAUCUUAUCCAAGAUGCUGAUAACUUAUUCAAUCAACUUCAACAAACUAAGGUAACAAAUAUUAGGAAUGCUCCCUCUCUUUAUACUCCCAUGGAGAUGGAGAAGAGAGAAGUUGAUUUUGCACUAGAAAGGGGUCUGUGUGCACUGCUUGUUGGGGAGCUUGAUCAGUGUAGGUCAUGGUUGGGACUCGAUAGUGACAGCUCUCCUUAUCGAAACCCAUCUAUUAUUGACUUUAUUAUGGAAAAUGCAAAGGGUGAUGAUGAAGACAGUGAUCUUCCUGGACUAUGUAAAUUGUUGGAGACAUGGUUGAUGGAGGUGGUUUUCCCCAGGUUUAGAGAUACUAAAGACACAAGCUUUAAGCUUGGAGAUUACUAUGAUGACCCUACAGUGCUAAGCUAUCUAGAGAAGCUGGAGGGUGCUGAUCGUUCACCCCUGGCUGCUGCAGCAGCCAUUGCGAAAAUUGGAGCAGAGGCUACUGCUGUUAUAGGCCAUGUCCAGGCUAGUGCAAUAAAAGCAUUGAAGAGGGUUUUUCCUGUUAGCCCCAAUGAUAAAAUCUUGACACAUUUAGAAAAUGGUGAGAAGGAUCAUUCAAGCCUUUCUGAAAAUGAUGAUCCCCUGAUAUUUUCAGAUCAGGAUACUCCAGUUGAUGUUGAGGUUUCGGGAAUAAAAAAUACUGCUGAGAUAAAUGAUGGAAAAUUUAUUACCGACGAAAUAAAAAAUGCAAGUGUGAAAAUCAUGUGUGCUGGUGUAGUAAUUGGACUCGUAACUUUAGCUGGUUUGAAGAUUUUACCUGCUAGACCCAUUCUUCAAAAAGUCUCUGGUUCAGUAAUUGCAUCAGAUACUAUCAAUUUAGCUCCUGUAGGGGAUGAAGAAUUAGUUGAGCAAUUACCAAAAAUGAAUGCAAGGGUUGCAGAAGCUCUAGUUCGCAAGUGGCAACAUAUCAAAUCCCAAGCUUUUGGACCUGAUCAUUGCCUAGUAAGCUUGCAAGAUGUGUUGGACGGUGAAAUGUUGAAGAUAUGGACUGAUCGAGCAGCUGAGAUUGCAGAGCUAGGUUGGUCCUAUGACUACAACUUGGAGGAUCUUAACAUAGACAGUGUGACUAUAUCACAGAAUGGACGACGCGCAGUGGUGGAAACAACUCUCAAAGAAUCUAUACACCUCACUGCUGCAGGUCAUCCGCAACAUGAUGCUUCUAACAGCAGAAUCUACACAACAAGAUAUGAAAUGUCUUAUUCAGGUUCAGGGUGGAAAAUUGUUGAAGGAGCUGUCCUUGAGUCAUAA